AUGGAAUUUAAAUUAAAAAAGCAUUGGGGUAUUUCCUAUCAUUUCAUAUCAUUAAAUGUACCAACAUUUUUACCAAACUACACAAUUAAUAAAAAAAGUUUUUCAAUAUCAUCAAUUAAAUCAUUAGAAUUACUAUUAAAAUAUCGAGUAAAUAUCAUAGAACCAUAUAAUAUCAAUAUCAAUUUUAACAAUAACAAUAAUAACACAACAGUAGCUUCAUCAUCAUCAUUCAGUUUAAAAAAUAGUAAUAGUAAUAAUUAUACAAUAACAGUAGCAUUAGCAUUCAGUUUAAAAAAUAGUUAUAGUAAAAGUAAUAACAAUACAACAACAACAGCACCGGAACCUACAACAUUCAGUUUACAAAAUAGUAAUAGUAACUAUAAUUUAAAUAGUAUUAGUGAAUAUAGCAAUCUAAAUAAUAAUAGUAUCAGUUUAGCCCGAAGCGCAAGUUGUAGUAGUAAUGAUAGCAAUGGGAGUAGCGGUAGUAGCAGUAGUAGCGCAAGUUGUAAUAGUAAUGAUAGCAAUGGGAGUAGCGGUUGCAACAAUAAAAACAAGAAAUUAAAAUCACCAAUUUAUAUACUACUACAUUUAAAAACAUUAAAUAUCGGUAAUAUUCAAGAGACAUUAGAUAAGUUUAGUUCAAACAGAGCGGACUACCCAAAGAUUACCAAAGAAGUUAUAAAGAAAUGUCUCAAGUAUUCAAAUAUUGAAGAUUUAGAAAAACUAUUUAGAGAAAUCAGUACAUAUUCUGCAGGUACAAAGAAUCAAGAUACCAAAAAUAUCACUAGGUAA